AUGCUACAUUGGAUGACUGACUGUGGUAAUACUCAUGAAUCCGAGCUGGAUACUAAGAGACUCUGCCAAGCAGCUGUACCUAGACAGAUCUUGAAUAUGACUACGAUUAUAAAGUCAUCAUAUUCUGGAUUGUUACAUUCACUAACUUGGAAAUGGCCGUCGGAGACCUCAUCGGAGAUUGCCAGUUCAAAUGCUGAAAUCGCGGGGUCUCAAACCCCGGAUUACUAA